AAUAGAAAAGGAUUUCAUGUCGGAGGUAUCGAAGCGUGCUAUAGAAUAAAUUAAUACUGCAAGACAUUUGAACUUUGAACCCUGCAUUUUAUGAAAACAGAUUUAAUGCGACGAAGAUAUUGUGUAUAAAUAACAACUAUUCUUGAAAGUAGCGCAGUAUGAUACUUGAUAUCCCGUCUGUUGUGUAAAAUCUCUUUUCUCCAAAAGCUAGACUUACUUACUCACAAUAACUUUUCUUUAUAAGAGAGAAAACAAUGAAGCAGAAAGUCCUCCAAACAUCUUGAUAAGUUACCCACAAAACAAAAGCUUCCAUCGGUCGCCAUCGACAUAAUCAAUUUAUAUGGCAUCGUGCCACAAAACUUUCAACAAUGAAUCUACGGUACCUCCUAACUGAAAAUCAUUGGCCAUCCUUCUUCACGAUGCAAUCAACGAGCAAUUAAAAGCAAUCGCAAAAUUAUCACGAUAUCAACAAACCUUUAAUGUACCAGUUACGGCUAUCUAUUCGACAUAGGAAGGCCGUAUUCCGCGGUGUUUCGUACCAGGCACAUCUGAUAUCUUCAGCUAUAUCCACUAUACGUAUAUACACCACCUACUCACCUAUAUUUUGCAGCGUUAAACGGGUCGUCGUGUCGUGAUCAAAGCUCAUUUGUUGGGAUUCACUAACAGCUGUUUUCCUUUGAUACCACUUAUUGGGGAAGUUCUAAUAAACACUUAAAGUUUCUGCACUGGUUUAUAGGUGCAAUCAGUUUAAUUGGUACUUAGGUACUCUUUUUAUUGGCAAAGUAGUUAAGAUCCGUUAGAAGAAAGAAGUGUAUGAUAGAAAAUAGCAACUUGAAACAUUUACUUAUUGAUUUAGUUUAGCAAUGGUGUACUGAUCUCAAUACCUACAGUUAAUCCUCAAGAAAGACCUAGACCAAAAUAAAUGAAUUCCAAUCUUAGAGGACCAGACAAUGCACGCACUACAAUCAAAUGUGCACUUAAAACUAAAAAGACAAAACUACGAAAUGAACAGAAUGCGGAAACUAAUCACAAACAGCGGUAGUUAACAAGCGUGAGAUAAUACAGUGUUACCUACAUGGUCUCGUAACGUCACAAUCGUAUGAACGACCAAAACAAAACCUAGGCGAUAUUUCCAAAACACACAGUUAAUAACGUAAACGGUACUAAUGUAAAAAGUGCAGGUGUGCCGUGGGACCGUCUUGUGGAUUUUAUAACUCAUCGCUAUUAUGUUACAAUGGAAUUCUCUGUCGUUGUUCUACUUUCGACUUUGUGUUAUGUCGAUGCGUUCAGUCGAAGGCGAUGUCUGUUUUAUGACAAGGAAUGUGUUGACCACUGUCCACGGGAUAUGCACGCGUACCACACGCGGUGUGAUGGCGAGACGAGGUCCCAACGUACUUGUACCAAUCGAUUCACAUACAUUAUAGGAUAUACUUGCGGAUGGUCCCGCUGUGACUGCAAUGGGGACUUGGUGUUAGAUGAAGAAUCUGGUCAUUGUGUUGAUCUAUUGGACUGCCCCAAGCAACUGCCUCGAAGGUCUAGGGACAGAACGCUGCGAAAGAAUAAACCUUUUCAUAUCCCGAGGAGGGUCCAUACUCAUGAUCUUGUGGACCCCUAUGAGAAGACUAUAAGAAGUCGCUAAACUAGAAGACUGAUUAUAAUAGUGAUGUUGAAAAAAAAUUUAAUAGAUGCCAGAAAUUAUACUUUGAUUUAAAAAGAUAAAAUCAUCUAUCUAGCUACACUUUAAAGGAUAUGUAGCUACACUUUAAAGGAUAUGUAAAUAAGCCUAUUGCAAGGGAUAUGUAAACAUUCGAUUUUCUAUUUUCAGACUAGUUGUUAAAAAUAAAUUAAUUAAUUAUGACCAAA